CUCCUCAUAUUGUCCUACGAUAGUUUAAUUAUAGCCACACUGCCCGUACGGUCCUAGGCCUUCCCAAAAUAAUGAUUGGAUCAGCGUAGAGACCGAACCUCCUCCUUACUUCUUCGUCCACUCUCUCUCUUUCUCUCUCUCUCUUUCUCUCUCUCUCUCUCUCUCUCUUUCUCUCUUUCUCUCUUUCUCUUCCUACUCCUCAGUUCAUUCGCUUUCCUAUGGGACACUUGUACGCCGCGUUUCAUCCUACGUACGUAGCGACAGUGUAAUAUUCCCAAGAAAAACAGCUGUCGAUGAUUUCUCUCACAGGGAACAGCUGGAAAUUCAGUCUCGCGCGCCAUUUCUUCUUCGUGUUAAUACGUCCCACGGUCGUUUUCAUUCGUUUCUCUUCGGGUACAACCACCAACUCAGAUCCAACCAAUUGAUCUAUUGUUUCUUCGAUCCUUUUACUUGUUAUUAAUUAAAUACGAAAUCUUAGAAUUCGCGGGGAUAUGUUUAUCAGUGUUAUAGUUUUAUCUUCUAACUAAAAGUUGUUAAGUUUAUGUCAAAACAAAACACGAAGUGUUAACGUUGUUUUUAAUGAUAAUUUUUAUGUGAUUAAAAAAAAAGUGUUGUUCCUUGCAUACUUCUUUAUCGCCGUAAAAAUUCUGAUGGCUGUAAUUCAAAAUACUAGAACGAAAGUUUAAGAGGUAUUAUGGAACAAUUCCAUGAUAUAAGCGAUGAAAACUUAAACAUAAGUGAUGUCAUCGAAGUCAUCCAAACCACCGACCCUGGUUUUGUGGAAUCUAACGGGCAGGUGGAUCAAGAAAUGGUCGAAAUGGGUGGAGCGCGGUUGGCUCAGCCCUAUGUGGAAAUAGUAGAACAACCUGCAAGCAAAGCUUUGCGUUUUCGUUAUGAAUGCGAAGGUAGAUCUGCAGGUAGUAUACCUGGAGCAAACAGUUCACCAGAAAACAAAACUUUUCCUACUAUAAGAAUAGUAGGCUAUAAAGGUCGAGCUGUGGUAGUAGUAUCUUGUGUAACAAAAGAUCUACCAUACAGACCUCACCCUCAUAACCUUGUUGGAAAAGAAAUAUGUAAACGAGGAGUCUGUACACUUGAAAUUUCAUCUGAAAAUAUGACAGUUACCUUUGCUAAUUUAGGUAUUCAGUGUGUCAAAAAAAAAGACAUAGAGGAGGCACUUAAAAUUAGGGAAGAAAUUCGUGUCGAUCCUUUUAGAACUGGUUUCGAACACAAAAAACAGCCUACCAGCAUUGAUCUUAAUGCAGUAAGACUGUGUUUCCAAGUUUUUUUAGAAGGAUCGCAAAAAGGAAAAUUCACUCAUCCAUUAACACCUGUAGUAUCAGACCCUAUUUUUGAUAAAAAGGCAAUGUCUGAUCUUGUGAUCAACAAGUUAAGUCAUUGUAAUGCUCCUGUUGCUGGUGGUAUGGGGAUGAUUCUUUUAUGUGAAAAAGUGGCAAAAGAAGAUAUUCAAAUCAGAUUUUUUGAAGAAAAAGAUGGACACGUUACAUGGGAAGGAUUUGGAGAUUUUCAACCAUCUCAAGUACAUAAGCAGACAGCAAUCGCUUUUCGGACGCCUAGUUACUGUACACAAGAAAUAGAACAACCAGUACAAGUUUAUAUCCAAUUGAAGAGGCCAUCAGACGGUGUGACAAGUGAUCCAUUACCAUUUGAGAUGUUACCAUUAGGUACAGGUAUGCCUGCUUUCUGGUCUUUGCGGAAAGCAUUUGCUCGAAAAAAAGCAGAUUAUAGUACAUUUGGUAAAAUUUUAACAACGGAGGCUACUAUGUUUCCCAAUGUAGUACCAAAGGUGCCUUAUAAUAUCGAUGAAUAUAAUAAUAAUGAUUUUGACAUAAAAAAAUCAAAUAAUAAAAUUUCUGUACUGCGUGCUCUAAAUGACUUAUAUAAUAUUAAAAAUACUACAAAUUCUUGCAAUGGAAAUACUAAUAUUGAUCAAAACAAUGUAAAGAAUGUUGAGAGUUUUAUCAAAAAUACUAUUGAUUAUGAAAAUAACGAAAUAUCAGUAGAGUGUAAUAACAUGAUGAAAGGAAAUAUAAAAGUCAAUAAAUAUAUUACUGGUAAUGAUACCAGUAGAGAAAAUAAUACAUUAUCAAACGAUUAUAGAGAAACAGUUGAUAACCAAUCAGAAAUUAUUUCUCAAGCAAAGUUAGAAUUAACAAACGAUAUAAAAUAUUUAAAUAAAAACAUGAGUAACUCUAAACAUAAGUCUGAUUGGUUUGAUUAUUCCGAAGUAGGAAAGUGGGUACAAAAGAGUCAAGCUUCUUUUAAAGAAAAAGAAAAUACAGCUGAGAUUAAAAGCGAAAUGGAAGAUGGUAAUAAAUCAUUAAAUGAUUUGAUAUCGCAAGUGGAAGAGUUAGAUCAAAUUUACGCAGAUACACAUACAAAACUGUUACAAGCUGCUCUUGAUCAAAAUUUAGUUGAAAGAUCUAUAGACGUUGAUGUUUGUGAUAAUCAAACCUAUACGAGUCUUCAAAUGGCUAUGAAAAAUCCAAUAGAAUUACUUGAUAUACCUGAUGAAAGAAAAUACGAAGAUGUAUCAACUCCAAAACAGGAUGUGUGUGUGUCAGUGUCUUCUUCACCAAUAGCAGCAAAAAGAGACGUAACACAAGAAUUUGAAGAAAGAUUACCUCCCCUACCACCUAAACGUAUACGUAAAAUGUCUUCAAUGCCUGUUUUACCACGGCCUAUAUCCUCUCAACCAAUAAUCGAAUCUUCCCCUGAAGCUCCAAAUAAGAAUUUACCAUCUCUUCCUGGUACCUUACCCAAACAAUCAAAACAAAGUCUCUUUUCGAAGCUAUUUGCGAAGAAAAUGAAAAAGGAUAAAGAUAUCACUUCCAGUAUACCCACAGGCAAUAAUAAUCGUUUGUUUAAUGCAAGCGAGAAUACUUCAUUUUUGUUAAAAAGUACUCAAGAUAAUUCUGCAACACAAAUGUCUAGACAUAGUAUUGCAAGUAUAACUAGUGUUAAAUCUCUUACACUAGAAGGUGAUGAAACACCACCUUAUGGGGCUGACUUGACUGAAGCCGAGCACUAUGCUCUUUAUACUACUAUGGCACCACAUGCAACAGCGUCUGAAUUCGAUGAAAUGUCUUUUUAUUAUAGUCCUGUGGAGGGAGGAAAAAUAUUAACAGAAGGAAAAGGAUCUUAAUGUUCAAUAGAAAAAUAUUGUCUAUUUUGUUUCUUUUCCUUUUUUAUUCUUCUUUUUUUUCAAAGUAUACUGCCAUUGAAAGUGUUAUAUACCUUCCUCCUUAUGCUAUUAUCGCAUUAAAAAUAUUCAAAACGUAGCAAAAAUUGUAUUGUAUUAUUGCGAUAGUAUCGCAUUUUGUAGCAUGAAAUACUUUUACGAAACAUUUCUACUUUCAAUGACAUAUUUUCAUGCUAUAAUAUAACUUUAUAAUCAAGCAGAAAUUUUUGGAAACAAUUAGAUUGAAAACUGUUUUUGAACCUGCAUAUUACUAAUUUUAUGUGGGCAUUUGUUUAUGCGGUUUAAAUAUUUGCAUAUUGCUAUUUUUAUAAAUAAAAAAGUCGUUUUACUUAUAACGACGAUUUCAGACGUUGUUUGGUAAUGGCAUAAAUCGUAAAUGCCAUCAAUGAAACUUGUUGUUUGUUAUGAAAGAAAGUAAAAACCAUGUCUAGUCAAGUUUUAUAGUCCUGUUGAAAAUAUUAAAUUUGUCAGAUUAUUAUUAUCUUAAUAUUUAUAACUUGUUAUGUUUAGUACACUAUUGGAAUUUUUUUCUUGCUUAUGUAAUUUAAUGUCAUAAUUAUUUUAUUGCCUAUUUGAGAUUUUAUAAACUUUAUUAUAUAAUAUGAGUAUUUAUAGAUUUUAUAGGAUAUUUCGUUUGUUAGUAGAAAAAAUUUUAAUGAACAAUUUAUAGGACAACAAAACAUAUGGGGCCUUUGUAAAAAAAGCUAAAUUUUCUUAUUAAAAUAAUCGAUCAUUAAUAUACAAAACU